CCAGGAAUGGAGGGUCGUCGGUGGUGUAUCGAUUGUUGAUUCUCGCAUAGAGCUGUACGCUCGCCUGGUUCUGAUGGAACAAGAUGCUUACGAAAAUUAAGAAACAGUUAAUAUUUCAUCCACCUGACAGAAUCCUCAUGGAAAUCGAGGUGAACGAACAGUCGCUCCAAUUGCUGAGAGGAAUAUCCUAACAGAAAAGCGGCGUGCAGGAAUCGCAUCAAGACAUAAUCAGCAACAGGGAGCAGCCAUGAAGGCUGGAAAUUGAAGUAUCAAAGCAAAUCCAUACAACCUGCAAUAGAAGACAACGAAAACACGAUUCAUACACGUUUGAAGACAAAUUAAUGAUUCGAGUACACCUGUGACCUUGUUUAUCGUCUUGUCUACGUUUUCUUGGCUACAAAAUGCGUCGCUGGUUUUGAGAAAGUAACGCGAGGAUGGAAUAAGUUACAGUGCCGCUCACCCGCGUGAUUUGUCCCGCCCACCGCCGCUGGCAGGCAAGUCCGACAACCUCAGUCAGGAACUGAGAGCAUGAAGGCGAACAUGCUGCAAAAUUUAGGAGGCUGCCAGCACUAAUUGUCUAAAGUCGUCUAAACUUGUGAAUUUAUCACCGCGGGAAUGCCAAGGCAGACAGUCGGUGAGUGCGAGGCAAGAUUUCAAAACGAUACGGCGUCCUCCGGACAUCGACUCGGCGUUGCGCAGCCGGCAACCCCAACCUCUGUUCCCUCUGUUGCCUUACCCUGUCACUCCUCUGCAUCAAGCAGUAGAAGACAGAGCCAGACGGCCAUCUCACAAGUGGAUGUAGGACAUCCAGGGAGCAUUCCCAUCAAGCAGGCUGGAAAAAGCUGCCACCUCCUCCAUGUUGUGCUUACCCUGUGCUUGACAACACUGGUGCUUGGGGGACUGGCAGCAGUUACCUGGUACCUCUUGUCAGCUGAGCAUUCAUGUCCAAGAAUUUAUUUUGGAGGAUCAUUCCAUUUGAUAAACAUCAGCUAUAACUUAUCACUUAUGGACAAACAAUCAGAGGAAUUUAAAACUUUAGCAUUGGACAUUCAGGUUAUUUUUGAGGAUGCAUUCUUAAAUUCAAAGUUGGCAUGGCAUUUUGAAAACGCAAGCAUCAAUGCCUUUAGUGAUGGCAGUGUGGUUGCUCACUUCUCCCUCACAUUUACUUCAUUGAAACCAGAGGGUCAGAUGAAGGACUCUGCUCUGCUUGCCACUGACAUUGCAAACGUACUGACCAAUCACCUCAGGCAGACACCAUCUGAGGAGAGCACCUCUGGGCACCUGGGAAAUUAUCAAGUGGAUUCAUCAACCAUUUCAAUUCAUGGUACCUGGUUUUUACUGCUCUCUGCUUGGUAAAUCAGUUGAAAUAAAUACCUUUA